GAGAACAAAUAGCAUUCACAUAAUACUAAACAAUCCCUUUUUCUUAAUUCCACUGCCAUCAACUUUUGGAUUCUUUUUCAGCAUCUUCAAUUUGUCCCUAUUAGCAGUGUGUUUAUAAUAAUAGAGGUGAAGUCCGUAGCUUCUGAUGACAGCCGAAUUAAACUGUUAUCCAAACACACAACACCCGAACAACACACAUAAUGACGAACAAAACCCGUGGGAGUAAAAAGACUACGCCAAGGAGACCCAUUUGGAAGACUCUUGGUCUUGCAAUUGCAUUCAUGGGUCUGGCUGCAUUCGCUUCGCCUGUCUCACAAUCGAAUCUUUCUCCAGUCUACGGCUCCAUACCGUCGGCUAUAUACCAUCAGAAAGCAAUCGCCAUAAUUCCGCUGGUAGCGUUCGUGGUCACCAAUCUGUCCCCACGAAAGUAUAUGCCUUCGAAUAUGAUGGUGUAUCUCCCGGUGAUUGCUUACUAUAUCCCAAUCAUACAAUGGGCUCUGUUCCCCUUGAGCGGCCGAUUUGGAGCUGAACUUGGACCUUUGAUCACGGAGGCUCUUUCAUAUUAUCCUUUGCUUUUCAUGGCCUGCAUUGCGACUUCAAUCGUGCUAGAGGAAUUAGACUUGUCCCAUCUUCCCCCGACAAUCGCUGAUGGCAUACGACCGGCGUUUUCUUAUAUUUUUUUCACGACAGUUGAGAGGACUUCGACCGAUUUGAUUUCCAGAACCAUUGGUAAAGCGGACUUCAUGUCACGAUCCGGAUUGAACUUGCUGAUCGCGUCAUUCUACGCCGCUCUCGCACGAACGCCUUAUUUACUCAUCAACAUCCCGGGGAUAUUGCAUACCAUGUACGGAAACAUGCACCAUUACUCUGGUGCAACAAAUAAGUUGGUGAACAAAACCUUGGCAAUAUACAACUACACAUUGCUGGAACGGCGAGACUCUUUGACAGGGUAUAUCUCUGUGCUUGAAGAUAACGUCAAUCAAUUUCGCGUCCUAAGAUGCGAUCACAGCUUGCUGGGCGGUGAAUGGCUUGUCAAUGAUGAGAGACGUGCCCAAGGACAAAUAAAACGCGAGACUAUUUACUCUGUUUUUACCAUGCUUGAAUCUGUUCGGUUAGUGGAAGGCGUCGGACAAAAGGAUAGUGAGGCUAAUGCCUUAUUCAUCGGACUCGGGACAGGCACCUCUACUGCAGCUUUCAUUUACCACGGAAUAAAUACCACGGUGGUGGAACUGGACCCUGUGGUCCACGAGUUCGCGACUAAAUACUUUGAUCUACCAGGUAACCAUACUACUGCAUUAGAGGAUGCAGCUAGCUUCGUCAAGUCACAAGCAAUCACGCAUCCCAAGAGCUAUGAUUAUAUAAUCCACGAUGUCUUCACUGGUGGCGCCGAGCCAACAGAACUCUUUACUCUCGAAUUUCUUCACGGCAUAAGCAAUAUACUGAAGGAUGAGGGGGUUGUAGCCAUCAAUUAUGCUGGUGACCUCACCUUGCCACCACUACGCAUUGUUCUGGCAACUAUCCAUUCCAUUUUUCCAACUUGCAGAGCAUUUCGGGACUCUCCCCCCGAAUCAAAUAGCCCCGCACAUACAUUUAUCAACAUGGUCGUCUUCUGUACUAAGUCGCGAUUGCGGCCGUUGACAUUCAGAGAAGGUAGCGAAGCAGACUGGAUGGGAAGCUUGUCACGAAGGGAAUUCAUACCACCAGCGAAGAACUUGGAGAUAAGCAUUGACAGUGUGGUCGGAAAAGACUUUCCGGAUGAAAGGUCUAUCUUAAGGAGAGGGAAUAAGGCAAUCAUAGAGAAAUAUCAUCGUCGAUCUGCGGUCAGGCACUGGGAACUGAUGCGGACGGUGUUGCCUGAUGCAGUAUGGGAAGCUUGGUAGUUUACUGAGGAUUUUGAAAGUCCCUUGGUCAAAAAUGGUCUUGUUCACGACUGUGCUUGAACCUUGCAAUCUCGUUGCAUCAGCUCCUUGAAUGAUCCCGGUAUCAACCGUGGGAUCUGGCAAUCUAAAGUAAAGAUUAUCGUCUAAUUAUCGUGGAAUACAGAACAGCCG